GCUGCUACAAGUUACGAUCGAUCCAGGCUUUUGGAGUCUGUUGCCUGCCUCCGUCUAUGUAGAUAAAGACAUGCUUGUACAGACACAUCCAUACACCUGGAUCGGACUGGACCUGGUGUGGAAGCAAGGCAUCGCCCUUUAAUUUGGAAAAACCAGACGCGCAAGGGUUUCCUCUUGCGCGCAACUACUACCGGCCACUCCACCACCAUGCCCUCGCGUGCAAACCACACCCCGUCUCUGCUUCUACCACUACUCUUGCAAGCUAAAAACCUUUGUGUCUAGCUUGCAUCUCUCUCCACUCUCCUCAAGGCACCAACCCAACCUUUGGCUCUUCUUCUUCCAACCUCAGAACCUCUCUCCAUCUCUCUAACGGGCCAGGAUCAUCCGAAACUGCAAAGGAAUCAGUUUGAUUCCUGUGAUGGAGUCGGCGGCGAGGUUGCGGUACGGCCGGCCGGACGAAGGCGGAGGAGCAGAGGCGGAGAGCAGCAGCCAGGCCGAGCAGGAGGUGCCCUGCCUGCUGGACAUCUACGUGCACCACGCGCGGGGCAUCCACAACAUCUGCAUCUACGCCGACCAGGACGUGUACGCCAAGUUCGCGCUCACCUCCGCGCCCGACCACGCCCCGGCGCUCUCCACGCGCGUCGCGGCGGGGGGCGGCGCCGGCCCGCGUUUCGACGAGCGCCUCCCGCCGCUGCGCGUCCGGGCCGGGAGGGUCGCCGUCGACGUGCUCAAGUGCGAGGUCUGGAUGCGCAGCUGCGCCAAGCGGAUGCUCGAGGACCAGCUCCUCGGCUUCGCGCUCGUACCGCUCGCCGCCAUCGCGGCUGCCGACGGCGCGCGUCUCGACCGGGACUUCGAGCUCUCGUCCACCGACCUCUUCCACUCGCCCGCGGGGACCAUACGGCUGUCUCUCGCCCUCCACUCGGGGAUCCCCGGCGACGCGUGCCCGCUGCCGGAGCGCGGCGCCGAGUCGUCGAUCGCGUCGGAGGUGGUUAUCCUCGAGCCCGCGCCACCGGUUGACUACUCGAGGAUCGAGUUCGAUGACCUUAAGGUGGACCAAGAAAACCAAGCCAUGGCCGUGCAGUACCUGCCGUUCUUGCAUCUCGGGGAGACUCCGCGGCCGCCGGAGGCCACGGAGGACGCCGAGAUGAGCACGAGCCCGCGCUGGGAGAAGGCAGCGUUCUCGGACGACGGCAGCAAGAACGCAUCGACGACCAGCACGGUCAGCGAAGACAGGGUGAUCUCUGCUUCCGCCGGGGCAGUAGAGAAGCCGGUCGCCGACGUCGACAAGGCCACCUCGGUCCCCAUGUCCUGCCGCUCGCCGGACACACCGACGUCCUCCAGCGGGGAGAAGGCCGACGACGUGUUCAAGUCGCCGCUGGGAGACAUCGACAUGGAGGCCGAGCAGAGCGCGAUGCAGCGUCAGAUCAUGGAGAUGUACGUGAAGAGCAUGCAGCAGUUCAGCGAGUCGCUGGCCAAGGUGCAGCUGCCGUUGGAGCUUGACGGCGUCGUCGUCCAGAAGGAGGAGAAGCCUGGCAACAAGGUGAUCCACAUGCAGCAGCAGCCGCAGCAGCAGCAGGUGAAGAAGGAUGGGACGAGGGUGUUCUACGGAAGCAGAGCUUUCUUCUGAACAAAAUUUGCAGAGAGCUAAAAUGCAAGCAAAGUAAAUUCGGGACAGCAAUCGCCUGCCGUUUGACAAUUAUUAGGUUUUUCCUGUCAAUUGAUGUUGUUAACUUGGUUCAUUCGAUCAUCUAAAGUACGAAUUCACAUGCUGUAAUGAGUUGAGAGUUGAGAAGUUUGAGAGUGGAAUAGAAUUUUGCGUGACCAGUCAGUGUAGUAGGCUUUGUUCAAUCUUCAGAAACUCAACUCUGUGAAGCCAGAUGAGAGUGUGAAGUUUGUGCAUUGGCAGUAGAGUGUAAGAUGGCAAGAGUUUAAGUGAAAGCUACUGCCUAGAGUGCUAACCCCAACUGUUCGUCUGUACAAAUUACAAAAUGAAUGAAACGAGUAGAGAUAUCUGAAAA